CCGUGCACUGAUGGUUAACGGCGGCGUGUAUGUGUUAUUAAUAACUUCAUCCUGCCUCAGGUGGCUGUUCAGGGAUGGGGGAAAAACCUAAAGCAGAUGGCAGAUGGCUGGAAUGCUGGUGCACGCUGUGCCCGCACAACACCCACGGUGGGAGGGAUGCAUUGGGCACAUGCAUUUGUCCACAGGAGAAACCCUGCUGCGAAUAUUGCUUCGUGUCGUGGGGUGCUGUGGCCAGGGGCUGUGCUGUGCCCUGUGGCUGGGCUGGGGGUGUUACAGGGUGCUGGUGUGUGCUCCCCACUCCUUAUGAAACUCCUUUCCAGAGGCAGGGAGUUGGAGGAGGUGGGUGUCAGUGCCCACCCCUGCACAGGUUACCCCCUCGAGACUUUUUUUUAGGGCUGGCAGCAAUCCUGCCUAUCCCGUGUCUGACAUCCAAGUGCAAACCCCGUGGGAGAUGGGAUGUGCUGUGCCCGUGUCCCAGGCUGCUGAGGUGCUCUUGGUUCUGGUGAGGCUCUGAAGCAGCCGUGCUGCCCCCCAGCUCCUGCUCGGGUUCCUCUGCAGCUGCCAUUAGGCAAUCCCAGUAUAUUUCUUUUUCCAGCAGUUCCUUCUCUCCUUUGCUAAUGUGUGAAAGACCGACCCGGGGGGGAAGGUGACUCAUUGGGCAGAGGAACGGUGAAACGGUGUGGAGACAAAACAAGCCAGAGAACAUAGAAGUGAUUUCCCUUUUUAGAAGGGUGAUGAAAACAAGGAGAAAAAUUAGGGAGGGUGAAGUUUUGGAGAGGUACGUGGUGCAAGGGCGUUGCACACAGCCCUGUGCUGGUCACUCAUGUAAAAAUAUCCAGAUUUCCUUUGGUAAAUAAAAAGGACAAUAAUAUUUCCUUUGGAGGGAGGUUGAAAAGUUGGAAAAUCUCGAUGAGGGCUUUGGCUGAAGGACAGAAAGAUGGGGUGAAAAGCCAGCAGAGGUGCAGCGUGUGGAGAGGCGCAGCGUGGUGAGACCGUGCCCAUCUGGGAACUUCCAUAAUCAAGUUCUGAAUGAGUCACUGUCUUGAAUUUUAUAUUUCAGUUAGUGCUCUUGCUGUAGAGCUUCUCUGGGGACACUGGAGAAGGAAGAAGGGGCUGUGAAUGGAGUUAGCUGAAGGUGUUUCCCAAAGUGUCUCGCGUAUAUUCAGUAUCCCAAAGGAAACAACACAGAGAAGUGCAGGGAAAAUUACUCAGAAGGAAACCAGCCGUACGUGUGACGUUCGGGUCCCACCUUUGACUCAGCCUCUGCUUACAGCUCUCAAAGUUGGUGUCUUGGCAAAGCAGUACCUUGAGCGAGGCCUUCUGGUGCCCGACCACGUCAUCACACGCGUGAUGAUGACGGAGCUGGAGAAGCGGCGGGAACAGCACUGGCUGCUCGAUGGUUUUCCUCGCACACUGGGACAAGCCAAGGCUCUGGACAGGAUCUGUGAGCUGGACCUGGUGAUCAGCUUGAACAUUCCCUUCGAGACGCUGAAAGAUCGUCUGAGCGCCCGCUGGGUCCACCCGGGCAGUGGGAGGGUCUACAACAUGGACUUCAACCCCCCCCAUGUCCAGGGCAUCGAUGACCUGACGGGAGAGCCCCUGGUGCAGCGCGAGGAUGACAGACCCGAGGCUGUGGCUGCCAGGCUCAGAAAGUACAAAGAUGCUGCAAAACCUGUAAUAGAGUUGUACAAGAGCAGAGGCAUCCUUCACUCCUUCUCGGGCACUGAGACCAACAAAAUCUGGCCCUAUGUGUACACCCUGCUGUCCAGCAAGAUCCCACCUGUUCUCUCGGACGAGGAGAACUAAACACUUGUGCCAAGGACCAGGAGUUCACUCCACCAUGGAUUUGGUUCCUCUGUGCAGUGCCAGGGCUGUGCUCAGAUUAGGUGAUGGUGUACUGGAUGCCAUGGGGGGGUGCCAGUAUAGCCAGUGUCAGGGUGAAAAGAUCUUUGUUUAUAAGGUCAGAUUUGUUAGAAUAAGGGGUUUUUUCCUCUUUUGAGGCUAUAAAUUAUUCCUGCCUAUGGUCCAUCAUGGAUCAGUGAUGCAGACCCAGGUAAUGAUCAUUCCAGGUUUACACAGCUUGCCAUGGUGUCCUUGCCACCCCCUUCCAACCCCCAGUCCCUGUUUGAGCCUACAAUGUGCCAUCCUGUUGCUCCACAGGACUAUUUACUGCUGAGUACUCUCUAGGCUGAGUUUUCUUUCCUAUAAAUUAUUUUAUAUUAAAUUUAUUUCUUAGAGAAAUAAAGCUCUAGAAAGCAACACUUAGCCCAGUGGGAACUGGGGAGCAACAUGGAAAACGUGUAUACUACAAAGCUCAGAGAUGUGAAGAUCACAUUUCCAGCAUUAAUAUACAUAAAAGAGGAAAAACAUUGGAGGAAAAACACACACUUGUACUCCUUCCAUAGAGAGAGAUGAAUUCCAUGUUAUAAAAAGCUGCUGUACAGUCUGGUUUUUUGGAAUGCUGUGAGACUGAGCAGGAUCUGGACUGGGAAUGAGUAGCACUCCUUUGUGCUUACCUUGUUUAUAGCUUUUAAUACUACAAGAUAGUCAUGUUAUAAGAGUUUCUCCCGAAGAUUUAUGUGUGCUUCAGUUUUGGGGAGAAAUCAACUCAUUCCAUCUUCUGUGCUGCCUUCGUCCCUGAGGUCUCCUGGCCAUGGGGGUUCCCUAAGCUGUUCCUGCUGUGGCUGUAGCAUCCCUGGCUAAAUGACUCCCUAUCCAUAAAAUCCCAGAGAUCCUUCCUUUCUUGGGAUGCAUCCAGGGGCUGCUGAGGUGUUUCCCCAUGAUUUACAGCACCGUUGGAGUGUGUUGGGGCCGGGCAGAGUCACUUUUCUCAACUGGAAGUACUGUCACCCUCUUUGGUGGUGGGAUGCAGUACCUAAGCAAUGGGGACAUUCCCUUUGUCUCCUCGAGUUGCCUUAUUUUAUAGCUUAUAUAUUUAAGAAAAAAAAAAAAGCAAGAUGUGUAUUUUUAAAGGUUUAAAACAAACAAAAAGCGCUGAAUUUUAGCAUUGUCUUUUGGGAUCUCUGCAGGGAGCUGCUGGAUCUGCAGGACGAGCUGUCUGCCAGGGGUGCUCAUAGGAGGGCACAAUCCUGUCACUCCCUGCCACCUCUUUGAUUAAUUAGAGCAGCCUUGGCAUGUUUCUGCUGCUGGACUGUCACUGGGGUUACUUUUGCUUGGAGAGUGGCCCUGCAGCGGGAGAGGGGGAGUGGUUUUUUAGGGAUGCAUGGGCUCCACGCGUGAAACUUCAGCACACUCCCAGGUUUAUUUAUCGCAGCUGAGCCUCCUCUAUCCUUGUGCUGUUGGAAGAGCUCCUGAUGUUUGCUCUCUCUGUCAGAGCCAGCUUUGUCCUGGUGCUCUCCCACCAAUGGAGCCAGAAGGGGCAUCUUCCAAACACCAUCACUGCCCAUGUGCCACCUGCUCAUCACCUGCCUGUGGGUGAAAGCAGUGCCAGGGGAGUGCUCCCACCCCACUCUGGGUGGGAAUUUUCCAGAUGGGAGCAAAGGGAUUGUCAGGUUUCACUGCUGUCCCCAGGGGCCUUUCCUUUUCCCUGGAGCUCCCCUGCUGGGAGGCCACAAAUCUUCCACCCCCCAAUGAAAUCCUCUUUAAGAAAGAUUUUAGAUUUUCCCAUGACCCUCAGACGAAGGUCUGGGCUGGUUUUAACACAAAUCUAGAAAUAGCCAAAAUGUGUGUGCUGUUUUCUUUCUAACAGCAUUGGGCACGAGGGGAGGAGAUGAUGGGGGGUGGGGGGGAGUUUUUUAGGCUAUAAAAGCAGCCUUGCCAUGGUGGGUGGCUCUGCCAGGGCUGAAUGCUGGGCAGAGGAGCUGCUCCCUCUUUCGCAUUGCCCACCUCUUGUGUCUCAUCCUUCCCUCCUGCAAAAUUCCUCCUGAAGAGAGACUUCUCCCAUGCAAUGCCCAGUGGCAGGACAGUGUUUGCAGAUGCCUUUGCCCCAGGAGAGCCACCUGAGUACUUCUUUUCCAGGCUCUGAGGCCUAUAGUAGGUAUAGAAAUCCUGUGACUGUGCAUGUCCAGCCCUCGGGAUGGACUUUUCUACCAGACCUGUCGUACGAUGCAUUUUCAUAGACCAAAUUCCAGCAGGGAUGGGGUCCCAUCCCUCCCAUCCCCCUCACCCUCCCCUUUGGUACUUAACUGUGAAUCUUAGACCUUUUGUAAAGUGACAGCAAUUUUGUACUGACCUGAGAUACUGUGUGGUGGGAGGAGGGUCUCCCCCCUGGAAUGUCAAGCUGAGUUUUCUUCCUGGAGUUUCUUCCCAGUGAAUCGCUGCAGCUCUGCUACUGCUCAAACGAUGUAAAUAAAGGUUUUCUCCUGCUGA